GGUGAUAAAAAUGCACAAAGAUCGUGAAGAUGUCACACAAGUGUAGGAAUUCCCGUGUCCAGCUCGGAAUUGCAGCGCUGUUGUGUGUCUGGGUAGGGUUUACGGCGGCAGACGAUGAUCCCAAAGCCUUUCUCGAAAUCGACAUCCCGCUAGAUAUUAGAGGGUUGAUAAGCUGCAAUGAAGACGUGUGGAAUCUCCAGGUGUGUAUUGUCCAACAGCUGGCUCCAGUCUUGGAUACCAUGCCGGGCGGGGCACAUAGAUGCGAUAACAAUUGCACUUUCCAGAACUAUACUGCUGGAGAUCCUAAGUUACACAUGUGCAUAUUCUACAAACUUGAAAGUGAUGCAGGUAUAGACGUACAUGAACUCACAAAGUGGUUGGACGAAAAAAACUUGACUUAUGCCGAGUCGUGUUCGAAAGACCGAGCGUUUGGUUAUACGACACCAUUUGUAAACCUGUAUCCUAAACAAACGGGAGAAUAUGAGCGCCUUCUAGAUAUCACAAAAGGCUCCCAAUCUUUAAUGUCAAAACAAACGUCCGAAGAUCCAGGUGGUCCAGGAACCGGAACCUUGGUGGGAGGGGCACUGGGUGGUUUGGCGGCACUUCUCGCUGCACUCGCCGCCGGGUUCGCCAUCUUCAAGCGGUUACAGAGGAACAAAGUGGACGACGACGGUUCUACCCCCGUCCUUCCAGGAGGCGACAUUGGCAUUUCGGAAGCUCCGAACUCAGUACCGCCCGCCGGGAUUUAAAUAGGGGUUUUGGUUUUGGACGACAGGAAAUAUUUGGCACGGGUUUCAAAGCAAUCAAAUGUUGCAAAAAAAUACUUUGCAUAUUUUUUAUAUCAACACAUACAAACAAUUAAGCAUUGGUACUACGAAUUUGCCUGAUCUUAAAUCCAUUUCAAUGUUGUUUUCCUUUUCCUGUACAAUGCUGGAUUAUAAGUAUCUUCCAUGGCCAAUAGUGUAGGUUCAUCCCUACGUAGUUUUUUUUUGUGGAAUCGAGGUUUACCGAUUUUUUUGGGGGGGGAUGAACCUAUGUUUCACGAGUGGCCAUGGUGGAUGUUUUUUUCUCCCACCUCAGUUAAACAAACUAAUGUGUAGCAAUUAGUAUGUUUCCGCUCAAAUCUUUUUGUUCGUAGUGAAACAAAAUGUUGUUCCAUGCGGGUACUUUUUAUCUUUGCCCGUUUGCAAGAUGAAUAAUAAAAUUCAACAUGUGUUUCUGUUCCGGAUAAAAAAUCCGACCCGAUGGCACACGCGUAAGCCGGUAACGAGGCUUGCCAAGUUACCGGCCACGCAGUGUGCCCAAGGGUCGGAAUUAUCGUUCCGGGCCGGAAAUUUUGAUUGACCUUUUUCUUGCAUUCCUAAAAUUAUCAACUUGUGGAAAUAAAUUAACGUAGAAAACUCAUUUUUGUACAUUUCACCAAAAAACACGUACUACAUUGUUAACUGACGUCAUGAAACGUAGUAAUUUUAAAUCACUGUUGACGUCAAAUAGUUCCUUUGAAAUCACGUUUUUGUCGAGUAUUUGUUCUCAUUUUUAAAUAAAAGUGUUGGAAACGUAUGAUUUAAUAGCCCUUUAUCUAAGUGGCAUGCACUCUUCAUUAGCCAUACAAUAAAAGAAAUAAGAAAUAGCGCGUUGUUGCGCGUGACUCAUAUGGCAUGGGGAGGGGUGGGGUGCCUGAUGGGAUUUUCUAGCAUGGCUAAAUUCACCGGAAAUGUCUACCCGUAGACAUGAAAAAGAUUUCCAGCUUAGCCAUAUAUUUGGAUCUACUUACCUGAGGUGGGAGCAAUGUAUUUUCUCCAACCGUUUCGGUAAUGAUCAUUAUUAUAUAUAUAUGUAUCUGUGAUAACUUGCGUGAUAAUUGAAUUUUUCGUUGAUCUUUUUAUGUUUCUUUAUAUAUUAUCUGUGAUUAUUUGCGUGAUUAUGAUUUUUUCGUUGUUUUGUUUAUGUUUUUCUAUAUCUCUGAUUGUAUUUUUUUACUUUUAAAAGGAAUAAAUUGCA